UCCGUCAGCAUAAAUACCGAAUAUCAUGAGCGAAGAGCUAUCAGUUACAGUCGAUUGAACUAUCCAGAACGACCAAGAUUUUCAAAACAUACAAAUAAAAUGGCCGCCAAGAUGAUCAUUUUCGCCGCCUGCGUGGCCACUACACUCGCUCAAUACGCCGCCCCGGCUUACCCGUCUCAAGGAUACGCCGCACCCGCUUACGCCGCACCAAAGGCUUACGCUCCGGAACCCGCUUACGCUCCAGCCCCGUACAGCUUCGAGUAUGCCGUAAACGACCCACACACCUACGACAUCCACAGCCAACAAGAAUCCAGUGACGGAUACGGCAACGUAAAGGGAUCCUACAGCCUCGUCGAAGCCGACGGUUCCACCCGUAUCGUCGAAUACACCGCUGACUCUUACGGUUUCAACGCUGACGUUAAG